UAUUGAUGACUUACGCUUGCACCACUAAUCGCACAUCAGACAACAAAUGAUAAGUUCAUGUUGCAUGAUAAAUACAAGGAGUAGAGACUCUGGGAAGAGUUUGAGCUGUUCUCACCAGAAUCUGUUGCUAAAUCUGCCUUCGGUGCCUCUGCUUGGAAGCUGGGCUCGCCAUACAGGAAUGCGUCGUCGUCGUCCCUAGCGAGCAACCUCUCAAAGGCCCAAAAAGUUAACAACUUCGAAGAAAGACAACACCAACCAGUUGAGGGCGUGACAGUGUGUCACGCUGUGCCUUGUGGCCACGUGACUAAAAGAACAAAUUAUUCAAGUCUUCUGCUCAACGAACGUUAAGCCAUGAUUUGCGUGAAGCCUGCUAUCUCUUCAUCAAUACCACGAACGGCUCGAGGAUAUGUCGUGUCCGUAAAACCUCCUCGUGUAUACGAGAGCAAACCGACGCCGCGUCGCUACGGUGUGCAAAAAACAUUCUUAUACAACCAAUACACCCGCAUGCUCGAAGCUAGCGAUAAUUCCCCCAUAAUAUUUCUCCAGCACACCAAUUUCGCGGCUCAGCGGCUACAGAAGCUGAGACGGGAUAUAGCCGAUGCAAACGCCAAGUUUUCGGUCUCAUUAUCCUCUCCAACACCUUCUCCAGUUGAAAUUGGUGCUCCUACGCUAGCCGUGAUGCGGACCUCGCUUUUUGGCGUUGCGUUACGAGACUUUGCGCCUUUAGACACGGAUAAAGCAGCUCAAAUUGCAGGAUUGCUUAAGGGCGGUCUUGCUGUCCUAACACUACCAUCAUUCAACCCUCCCCAACUCGAUGCCGUUCUACGUGCUCUUGAUCGCUCAGUGCCUCCCAAGAAACCAGAGGUUAUUCAGGCAGCACCAAUAAAACCUCAAGAUGACCCGAAUUUUAUUCCUGGUAGAAAGAUGCAGCGGGUGAAACCCACCUUGACCCCAGAACUGGUAGUAAUGGGUGCUCUCAUCGAGAGGCGGGUAUUUGGAAUGGAGGGUGUGCGGGACGUAUCGAAACUGCCAACGCUAGACACUCUGCGGGCGCAGAUAGUUGGGUUGCUGAGCUCACCAGCUGUACAGUUGGCUGCAAUUCUCAGUGAGGCAAGUGGGGGGAAACUUGCGAGGACACUGGAGGGCUUGAAGAAGGGACUGGAAGAGAGUCAGAGUGGGGAAGCUUCGUCAUAGCAUCUAAUCGAUCAUUGUCGUUCGUUGACUGGCCUUACACGGUUCACCACACCACGCACAUUCAUAGAAGAAUGGUUAAUAUCAGUCUUUGAGGCAAAACUCCCAUGUCCGAUCCUCUCCUCCUUCGCCUGUUGUACCUCGACCAUGAGCUCUCUCGCCUUUUGUCAUGCGGUGUUCAUAUCCCUUCCAUGU